AUUCUUCACAGUUCACGGCACACACACAGCUGAUAUGAAUUGACGAUCGGUUUGUCGGUGCUUAUCAUGUCACUUGCAAGACAUUUUUGUAUACUACGUGUUUACAUUUAACACUCUUUGUCACUCAAUUGGCAAUUGUUGGAGGGAGGAGUACAUAGUGUGGAAAUGGAAAGGCGGAGUACACCACCAGAUUACAGGGAUGGAUCCAAUCAUUGGCCACGUGCCUCCAAAAAACACAACAAGAAAUCGCAUAAGAAGAAGCGGUCAAGAGAUGCAAGAUCCAAAUCUAGGUCGCGGUCCAAAGAGAGGAAAGGGGAGAAGGAGAAGCAGAGUGGGGGCAGUAGUGACAGACGAAGAGAACGCUCGCCAAUGUCAAAUUCACCACGUAGACGAAAGAAGGAAGAGAAACAUCCUCCAGAAGACGCAACAUUUGACUUGAAGAAAUUCAAAUAUCUUUUGGAUCGUAUGUUUUUUCGAGACUCGGACAUUAUUCGAAAAGGUUCUGUGCAGUAUGACGACUUUUGGAAGUUUCAUGAAAAAAUUCAAGCGAUUCGAGGGAAAGGUUCGUCCACGUUGGGUGGUGAUCUGGACGAUUGCAUAAAAAGUAUACCCGUUGGUCACAAAAACAUUGAAAUUCCAAAAAUAUAUUCCAAGAAACAUACGGUCCCAUUUUCCUUGCAGUACACGAACCUUAGCGAUUACAUUUAUAAGCUAAAUCCUGAGGAACAAGAUUUCGUCCGAGCAAGUAUUCCAGAAUCUAUUCUAAAAGAGUUUUUGCAAACGGUACUAUACUUUCUCGACUUUCUGCAAAAAGAAAGAUUUUCUAAACUUCGCAAAUUAAGAGAAGCACAAGCGGCCUUGCCAAUUGCCAGUUUUCGGGAAGAAAUUGUAAACACCUUAGAGAAACACAAUGUGUUGAUCAUUGCUGGGGACACCGGGUGUGGAAAAAGUACACAAGUUCCACAGUUUUUGUUAAAAGCUGGAUACACCAACAUUGCUUGUACACAACCAAGACGAAUUGCUUGCAUUUCCCUGUGUAAACGGGUUGCGUACGAAACAUUAAAUGAGUAUGGAACAGAAGUGGGGUACCAAAUUCGAUUCGAGAAAAGUAAAACUCAACACACAAAGAUUAUUUUUGUGACCGAAGGGUUAUUGCUACGUCAGGUGAGCACUGACAGUAUGCUGACUAACUAUAAUGUUAUAGUACUUGAUGAGGUCCACGAAAGACAUCUUCAUGGCGAUUUUCUGCUUGGGAUUGUAAAAUGUCUGGUUUACCAGAGAGAAGAUGUUAAAGUGAUUCUAAUGAGCGCGACAAUAAAUAUCGAGCUAUUUCAAGAGUACUUUCAAGGAUUGGCACCUAUUCUUCAGGUACCUGGUAGACUAUAUCCCAUCAAAAUGCAAUAUCGUCCAGUAUCAGUUGAGGAAAUAAACACGAGGAAUGGGAAAAUAAAUCCUACGCCGUACGUUCGCAUUUUACAAUUGAUUGACGACAAAGUACCACAGGAUGAACGUGGAGAUGUUUUGAUAUUUUUAAGUGGAAUGAAUGAAAUAUCGCUGGUUGUUGAAGCAGCUAAAACAUAUGCUGAAGUUACAAAGCGCUGGAUAAUUUUACCACUUCAUAGCAUGUUAUCCAUAGAAGAUCAAGACAAGGUUUUUGAUUAUCCUCCCGAAGGCGUACGUAAAUGCAUCAUAUGCACAAAUAUUGCAGAAACAUCAAUUACGAUUGAUGGUAUCCGUUUCGUUGUGGAUUCUGGGAAAGUGAAAGAAAUGGCUUAUGAUGCAGCAUGUAAAAUGCAAAGACUGAAAGAGUUUUGGAUCAGCAAGGCUAGUGCUGAACAACGGAAAGGUCGAGCUGGUCGGACUGGGCCUGGUGUUUGCUACAGAUUGUACUCAGAGUCAGAAUACAAUGAAUUCCAGCCAUUUUCCACUCCUGAAAUCCAGCGUGUGCCCCUCGACUCCUUACUUUUGCAGAUGAUUUCGAUUGGGAUUACAGAUUGUAGAAAAUUUCCAUUUAUUGAGCCUCCUAGUUUGGACAGCAUGGAAUGUUCAAUUACACGUCUGAAAGAACAGGAAGCUUUGACUGAAGACGAGCAGCUAACGCCAAUAGGGAAAACUCUAUCGCAGCUCCCUGUCGAUAUCUCAAUUGGGAAGAUGCUGAUAAAUGCAACAAUAUUUGAACAAGUUGAUGCCGUCCUAUCACUUGCAGCUGCGUUAAGUGUUCAGAGUCCAUAUACCAAUUGGGCUCAUCGAGAUCAAGAUGCUGUUGCGGCGAGGAAAUCUUUGGAAUCGGAUCAUGGAGAUCCUCUAACUUUACUGAAUGCGUAUCGGGCCUGGUUAGAAGAGAAGACUUGUGGUAGCAGUCGAAACACAAAAACGUGGUGCAAAAAGAGAGGAUUGGAGGAACAAAGAUUUUAUGAAAUGACUAAAUUACGGCAGCAGUUCAGGUCAUUGCUAAAGGAUGCCAACUUAAUUAAAGAUCAGGAUACGUCUCUUCCCUUAAGCAGUUCUGACAGGGCCAUGCGACAUGGCGAAGUAAAGCAACUUCGAUCGAUCAAAAGAGAUUUCCACAUGAGUGCUCCAAGGAAAAAGAAAUUUCUGAAGCUAGAACAUAGUGAUUAUGCAAUUGAUGAUGAUGAUGCUGAGGCUGAUGAUGGUCCUCUGGAUAUUCGAGAUGUCGAAUUUCGUCUUCGCCACGAUGCACAUCAAGUUAAGGACCUUUUGCAUAAAAGCACUCCAUUCGGAUAUGAAGAUAUUUCAAUGCUAAAGCUAAUUCUUUGUAGUGGAUUGUAUCCACAAAUAGCCAUUGCCGACGACUUCAACAAAUACAAGAACGAUGCUGAUCAAGUGUUUCACACGAGAGGCAAAGGGUUUACUUUGAUCCAUCCUACUGGAGUUUUCUCUAAUCAAAGCGAUGUUCUAAAAUUAACUGAUAGUGACAUUAUCGUCGUCCCAAAUUUUAUUUCUAAACUAAGUGUCAGCAAUAAACAUCAGCUCUUGGUGUACUUAACAUUGCUGGAAACAAACAAGCCUUACUUGAUGAAUUGUGUUCGGAUGCCAGCAAUACAAACAUUGCUAUUAUUUGCUCAUACAAUCGAUGUGGAUUCUACUUUCAAUAGAUUUGUUAUAGACUCGUGGUUAGAAGUUAUUUGUUGUGAUCCAGGCGUUGCAAGGCUCAUGAUCAUUACUUCAACCCGUUUACGAGAUUCUUGGACACAACUCAUUGCUCAACGAUUAUCCGAAAAGGAUGUAAUAUCACGUUCCGAUUUGAAAAAGUCAAGAGAACUGGCAAGUAAACUUGUUUCAUUUCUAAGAACUGAAACUUUUUAUACGUUGAGACGGUUAUUGGCUGCUGAUCAAAAGGAUAUGUACGACCAAAUGUUUACUUGUGAAUUUCCUCACGAUGUAACAUUUGAGACAAAUUGGAAAAUACAACCUAAUGCAAAGAAAGGAGGACUUUCACUAACUUCUUAUUUGACUUAUGGAUGUCUACACAGUGAAAUCCCUGAUCCUCAGGAAUGGACGUGCCCAAUUUGCCAAUCUAAUUUGAUGUCACUUCCCUUUGAGCUCUUGAUUCAUCAAUUGGAAUGCUCCCGUAAACACCAACUUGAUGUGGAUGCCGAAUUAGCAGCAGAAGAAGAAGAUGUAAAAGCAAGACCAUUUGCACGUGGAUAUUAUUGUUCUGAAUGUAAACUUCAAUUGAACUUGACCUCCUUAGAAAUUCUUCGUCAUAACAAAAUGCAUGCUUAAUAUAGUUGAAUCAAUAUUUAUAUUUAAAUUAUUUUAGUUAUAAUUUUUCUUACAAUGUCUGUGAUAUUUCAAUUCCUCAUCUAGAGAUAUUUGUACUCUAUACUACUAUAUAGUUAGUUAUGUAUGUACUCGUCUAAAAUUGCAUGUAACUAAGUAAAAUGCAUUAUUCAAUAUAAUAUACCGGUAAAAUUUGA